AUGGAGGCAUUCCACGGACCCCCUUCUCGCCGCAGACUGCCGCAGACCACACUGGCUACUCUUUGCCGUCUGCUCCUCCCCCACAGCCCAUGGCACAGGCAAGAGGAACUUUUCCAGAACAACUCACCAGGAGCGAAACAGCAGCCGAUGAAGGGAGCAUCUGCUCUUUCAUCGUUUGAUUGGUGCGACAUUUGUGCUUCCAUAAGCGGCACGAGCACGCCUUCACCCAACCAACAAGCCGUCUCCCGACACACACGCUCGUAGCGUGAUAUUCUCCGGCAAGCCGAGGACGAGCAGUGGGGAUCCUUCACCUGUCACACCUUACUCUCUCCCUUUCUUGCCCAGCGUGUCAGGCAUGUCCAAUGAUGAAGAAGACAAAGACUGCACGCUACAGGCCACCGCAGAUACCGGAGAGGAACAAGGGUCAUCACGCCACGGCGAUGCGAUAUCAGAGGUUGUAAACACCGAUCAGGAGACGCAAGAAGAAGACGAGGCCACUUCCGGGAUCGAUGACACGGAAGUGAAAAAAGAGCCGGAGGAGCUUGAACAAGAAGAGGAGGCAAUGCCAGGCAAGCGCAAGUUCGGGGGUAUGGCCAAGGCUCUCUGCCGGUACAGUGCCUGGACAGCGAGCAGCCGGCAAGCCAACCACGCUGAAAGCGAUUCACCCAAGCGCCAAGGGAAGGGCUCCACGCCAGGCACAAAGUCGCAAUGCGGCGGUGGUGGGGCAGCGGCUGCACACAAGACGGCGGGAUUGGUAUGUGUCGACGUUUUUUUAAUAUAUAUAAUGUGAGGGUGUGGCUUGCCCAUGCGUGCAUUACUUUGGUUUGUUGGUGACGUUGCUCACACUGCUGUGGCUCCUUGCCGGACAGCUCUGAUGGUGUGUUGGUGUAUGUUUUAUAGGUUCGUGUGGGCUGAUGUCGCGAACCGUUUGAGUAGUGGCUAUAUCGAGCACUGGCCAAACCAUACAAUUGUUCUGAGAAGAAAUCGGUAGCGCGUGCUACCCUUGCCAGGCUGAACCAGCAGAUGUUGUCGUAGUUUUCCAAAUGUUCGUGUAACUACUCUUUAAAGGUUUGGUUUUGAACUGGUUCCAAAGAAACUGACGGGGAUUGCAUGUUGAGUCUGUAAAGCGUACAUUUGACUGCCCGUAGUCGAGGAAACAACGAUGAGCGCAAUGACGUCGAGGCUAUGGACUGCCGGAUGUCAGCGUCGUCGUGUUGACGCGUUCCUAUUCCAUUCAAGAAACUUUGUACACGAAACGUGUUCCAAGAUUCCAAGUUGGCAGGUCAAAGGUUCACGUUGAUCGUUCUCUCUAAUGACGGACUCGAAACAGCGAAACCACUCCGUAAUUGUAGCAGUUUCGCGCAGCCAAGCUGGUUUGUUUCGAUGUCUCUCAGGCCUUUUGCACGGAGGGAAACAGGGUGAUUUCCGGUGCAAUUGGUCGAGAGAGGCACGAUCUCACACAACGAGACGAAUCCCGUCCCUCCAGGCGGGUUUAGAAUGAAAGGGCGUACGUGGGAGCGUUCGGUGCGAAACCUAAAGUGCGCGUUACGUCGAGGAAGUCGCGCUUGAAGCACCGACCGCAAUAUAGACCCAAAGCAGCCGGAGAGAGACACGGCUAGACAAAGGUUUUGGGCAGUGCUCACGUGAGAGGCAACCUUUUUCUUUGUAGUAUGAGGCCAUCUCCCGUGAACUUGGGACAACGGCGAUCGUAGCCUUGACGAAGAACACGGUGUACAGACACUGGUGAUGGACGCCGACGGCCGUUCUACCCCAGGCGACACCGAUAUGGAAGACAGUCUGAGCCAAUCUGGAGAGGAAGCAGGGACACGACGUCAGUGGGGUCGCGUGAUGCAUUGCAGUGUCCCUCGCUGCUGCCCGAUUGUUCGAAACUCCGUGGAACACCGAUGUCGCUAGCACACUUGUGGGAACAACACCUAUUUAACACUGGA